CGGUGUUCUGUGAGAUGGAUUUCCGUUAGCUCGAAGCAGAAUCAGUUCGACUUUCGUAAACAAAAACAUAGUUUUAGCGGACAAAACAUGAAAGAUGGUUUGAAAUCUUGAUAAUCCAAACAGUGUCUCUGCCAUAAGGCAGUGACAGAAAGCCAGCUAAACAGGAAUUGAUGUUUAGAAAGUGCAGUAGACAGUGAAAAUUAUACACACACCAUGGAAAUGGAGGAAAUUAAGCCCUGUCCAAAUCGGAGCCCAAUUGGCACAGAUGGGACAGCCAUGUUUUUUGUGGGUGAGGAUAUCCUCAUCAAAGGGAAGGGCGAGAACUUGUUUGAGGAACUCCCCGGGGGUAAGAAAAUUGUACUGGGGGUCUGUGCCAUGCAGAAGAAAUCCAACUCCAAGCCAAUGCAUGAGAUCUUGGGAAGACUGGAGAAGUUCAUGCAGAUGCAGACCAUGAUCUUUGAUGAGGACGUGAUUCUGAACAAGCCGAUAGAAGAAUGGCCGAUCGUGGACGUCCUUAUCAGCUUCUUCUCAGCGGGGUUUCCCCUGGACAAGGCCAUUGAAUACACCAAACUGAGGCAGCCCUUUGUGAUCAACGACUUGGAAUCUCAGUACACACUUCUGGACAGGAGAGAAGUAUACAAGACAUUGUUUGAAAAUGACAUUUUACAUCCCCGGUACACAGUACUGAACAGAAAAAAGGAUGAUACAACAGAAUCUCAGGUAGUGAUCUCGGAUGACGCAAUAGAGGUAGAUGGGGACACAUUCCAAAGACCGUUUGUAGAGAAGCCUGUCUCAGCGGAGGACCAUAACAUCAUCAUCUACUUCCCCCAGUCCGCGGGAGGGGGCAGCCAGAAGCUGUUCAGAAAGGUUCUUCUUGGUCACCCACCUCAGAACUUCCACUGUAAUGGGCUGUGGACAUAUUUAGACACUGAACCAUUUCCUAUCGGUUCCAGAAGCAGUGUAUAUUCUCAUACCGGUCGACUUCGGAAAUCUGGGUCAUAUAUAUACGAAGACUUCAUGCCGACUGAUGGAACAGAUGUCAAGGUGUACACUGUAGGUCCAGAUUAUGCCCACGCUGAGGCUCGUAAGUCGCCCGCUUUGGACGGCAAGGUGGAGCGUGACGAGCAUGGUAAGGAGGUUCGAUUCCCUGUGUUACUGAGCGCCAAGGAGAAGAUGCUGGCCCGCAGGGUCUCUCUGGCAUUCAAGCAAACAGUGUGUGGGUUUGAUUUGUUGAGAGCCAAUGGGAAAUCUUAUGUCUGUGAUGUUAACGGAUUUAGUUUUGUCAAGAACUCUACAAAGUAUUAUGAUGACUGUGCCAAAAUAUUAGGGACCAUGAUAAUGCGAGCUCUUGCCCCCCAGUUACACAUUCCGUGGGUUCUUGGAUCCGCCCCGGAGGACAUCCCUGUUGUACCGACCACCUCUGGAUCCAUGAUGGAGUUGAGAAGUGUAGUAGCAGUGAUUCGUCAUGGAGAUAGAACACCCAAGCAGAAAAUGAAAAUGGAGGUCAAACAUAGAAAAUUCUUUGAGCUCUUUGAGAAGUAUGAAGGGUACAGGAAAGGACAUUUAAAACUUAAAAAGCCCAAACAGCUGCAGGAAGUGCUGGACAUUGCCCGCUUUCUUCUGUCGGAGAAUGAGAAGUCGUCGGAUCCCGAAGUCUGUGAGAAGAAGGCUAAACUACAACAGCUGAAACUGGUGCUAGAGAUGUACGGUCAUUUCUCAGGGAUUAAUCGCAAAGUUCAGCUGAAAUACCAGCCAUUCGGACACCGCAAAUCUAAGCGGUCUUCUAGUGAAGACGAUGACGUGCCUCACCCCCCGUCUUUGCUGUUGAUUGUGAAGUGGGGAGGGGAGCUGACCCCUGCUGGAAAAGUGCAGGCAGAGGAGCUAGGGAAAGCAUUCCGUACUCUGUACCCAGGGGGCCAGGGACAGUUUGAAUCUCCAGGGCUAGGGUUUUUACGCCUACACAGUACUUUCCGACAUGAUCUGAAAAUCUAUGCCUCCGAUGAGGGCAGGGUUCAAAUGACAGCUGCUGCAUUUACAAAGGGGCUGUUAGCCUUGGAGGGGGAGCUGCCUCCGAUCCUGGUACAGAUGGUGAAGAGCGCCAACACGAACGGUCUGCUGGACAAACAGGGGGAGACCUCCAAGUACCAACAAGUGGUGAAAGAGAGGCUGACUCACAUGUUGAAUGAAGACAAGGAGUUUGAUGAAGACGAUUACUUCAAGUUGGCACCUACCUAUAGUGAAUCUCUCAUUAAGGCACUGGACUUCAUCAAGAAUCCAAGAAAACUCUGUGAACAUGUGUAUAGCAUGGUAAAAGAGCUCACUGCCAAAAUUAGAACACUUAAAUUGGAGCACAGAACAAGAGAUCUGAAGCUGUAUCAUGGAGAGUCAUGGGAACUAUUAAUUCGCCGCUGGGCCAAGUUGGAGAAGGACUUCAAGAUGAAGGAUGGCCGAUUUGACGUCAGUAAGAUCCCCGAUAUAUACGACUGCAUCAAGUACGACCUACAGCACAACCAGAAGACCAUUCAGUAUGAGGGGGCCAAGGAGCUGUUUGAAUGUUCCAAAGCUUUGGCAGACAUCGUUAUACCUCAGGAGUAUGGGAUCACUGUCGAUGAGAAGCUCCACAUCUCCCAGAGUGUGUGCACGCCUCUGAUGAGGAAGAUCCGCAGUGACAUGGUGCAGUGUGUCAGCCCCGAUGAGGAGGACGAGUCAACUAGACUCAACUCUCUAUACUCCUUAGGGGUUGCUUCCCCUGAGAGAUUUGUGAGGACUCGCCUCUAUUUUACCAGCGAGAGUCACAUUCACUCCCUUUUAAACAUGCUGAGAUACGGAGGCCUUCGUGAUGAGAAUGCCGAGGAGCAGUGGAGGAAGGCUCUGGAUUUCAUCAACAACACUCCAGAACUGAACUACAUGACACAGAUCAUCAUCAUGAUGUUUGAGGACCCUAGCAAGGAUAGCACAUCAGAUGAACGCUUUCACAUUGAGCUUCAUUUUAGUCCGGGUGCGUACAGCUACGGGGAGAAGGGUUUCCACUACCCUCUUAUACAGUCCAAGUCAAUGGCCUACAGAAAUCCCAACGGCUCUUUGAUGAAGCGAGAGACAGCAAAAGAAAAAGAGGAGAAGAAGUGUCACAAAUACGGAGAGUACCAGUGGUCCAAGUCGCCCCGAGACUUCCAUGACCGCCCAGUGUCGGCUCCAAUAAUCAUACAGGAACAGGAAGAGUUUGAGGAGGCAGACAUAUUUGAGCAUGCUCACAACAAUGUACACAAUAUGGACGAUAUCAAUCUCAUCAGUCAAGCAGAACAGGGAGAUCACAAGAGCGCAUCUCCAGAACCAGUCAAGGAGUCAAAGUUCAAGAGUGAACCAGUCAAGGAGUCAAAGUUCAAGAGUGAACCAGUCAAAGAGUCCAGCGUGACAGCUGAACCAGCCAGUAAUUCCAAAUUCAAGACUGAACCAGUUAGUGAAUCAAGACUGAAAUCUGAGAAUGAAAUCAAACUGAAGGCUGAGUCAGUUGAUGAAAGAAAGUCUAAAACAGAGCCAGUCAAUGGGUCAAAGUUCAAAACAGAACCAGUGAAUGAGUCAAAGUUCAAAACAGAGCCUGUCCGUGAAUCAGAAUUAAAAAAUGAUGUAGUGAAGGAUUCGAAAGUUAAGGCUGUGAAAGUGUCAGAACCUGCCAGUAAAAAUGCGGACCCUGCGAUUCCAGAGUGGGACUGGGGCAGUGACCCAGAACACGAUGAGGAAAAGAAACACAAGGAAGAGAAGCCCUCCAACCUGCCAAUAGCAUCAGUGUCUGAACCUAUAGAAAUCCUGUCUCCAUCUUCAAACAGUCAUCAGGACAUGGAGUCUUUAGCUGUCGGGAGAACCAAAUCUCGUGUUCGAUUUGUUAGUCCAGCGGAGCCGGUGCGGUCCCAGAGCCUAGAGGAGAAGAGAAGUAGGAGCCUGGAGGAUAAACCUGCGGAACCCAAGGUGGACAGGCAUGAUCUGUAUGAUAGACACUAUCUGACUGUUCAUCUACCUUUGGCCAGCGACAAGAGAAGGAACUCUUGUUCUAGUCUGUUUUACCUGAAUCCUGAGACCCUCAAAGAGAACUACAUCAUACAGAGAGAAGUGAACAUGUGCAGGUCUAGAUCAGCAUCCAGUUGGGGGUCUAAUACAGCUGCUUUCGAGGGAUUCAACAUGGUGCCAAGCCUCCACCCCUUGGAAACUCUGCACAACAAACUGACGAUGAAGGAACUUGACGAUUUCUUGACGCGGGCCACCACUAGCAAGUUUGUGACCCCCAUUUCUUCACCCCCAUACAGUAACACUCCACUGGCCUCACCACACGUCCCCGUCACAAGAGCACCACGAGGAAAUGACCUGAUACUUCAGCAGUGCCAAGGGAACCAAUCUUCCAGCAAUUCUUCCACCGGCCCUAGCUCCCCUGUAUCAGGAAUGGGAAGCCUGGUCCUGAGUCGGCUCCAGGAUGUGGCCACCUACAUCUUCCAGCGACAGGACAGCAACCAGGACGAGCCACCUCCCAGCUAGUGGACCCAGAAUCGUCUCAGGGGUCAGGGGAUUCCCAGUCCGUACAGGGGACAGGGAGAAGAUCCAGCGACAAAUGAGCUGAGGGUCGGAGAACCAGAACUUGCCACUACCUUAUUUGGACCGGUGUUGUGUCUUCUGCUUGUCAAAACGUUUUUGACUUGGUGUAGACGAGAACUGAAUCUGUUUCUGGCGGUGUCUGAUUCAAGUGUUCAGUAUUCAUGUUGUGUUGUUAUGUCUCAUGAAGUUUUAUCUGUAUGUUUUUAAUAGAUAACAUGUGUCGUUUGUUCAAGAUCUGUGUUAACGCCAGCUAUGUUGUUGUGAUUUCUAUGUUGAACGAAGAAAUCCAAGAUUUUCAUGUACUAGUAUUCUUUUUUUCUUUAAUAUGUUGCUGUUGACAUAUAAGCAAGAUAAUAGAAACGUAUUCGGAAAACAUAUCUGUGAUGCAUUUGUGUGUUUUAGAUGAUUUUAAUAGGUUGAUUGAUGUUGAUAUCUUGUUAUUGUAAAUUACAGCUGAUAGUAUAUUUUACAGAGAUGUUACACCACUAAAUUAUACAUAAAUGUAAUAUAAAUGCUGAAGUGCAAAUAAAUUUGAUGGAGAAAGAU